CCCCAACCCCAUGCCAGGUUCAUCUUCACAAACAUUAGAGUUCCAAUCUCCUUGCAACAGCUUGCAUGCUUUCCGUAGCUGCUACUAGCCUGUUAAAUUUACACUGUCAAUUCCUGAAAACACAUUAUCAAAUUCAUAGAUUUGAAACUACUAUCUGGAACUUGAAGCUUCAAAAGAGAAAUGUCAAUCGACCCAGUAUUUCUUAUGUACAAUUCAAGCAUGGUUGGUUUUGUCCUCCCAGCUAUAGGACUCUCAUACCUAUGAGGGCCAAAAUAUGGUUUUCUUUUUUUGGCUCUUUUGGAGGCAAUUUGGAGGUUAGUUUGUUGGUGAAAAAGAGAGGUUGAGCUGUUUCUCUUCUCCCACUUUUUAUUUUCUUUUUCUAGGGGAGGAUAGGGGAUCGAAUUUGGGGAUGAGGAGGUGACAAGGAGUGGUGGCUGUUGUCCAAACUGUGUCUGUCUUGCUGAGACUCCAAUGCAACUGUUCUUGAUAAAGUAAUAAAGGGAUUUUCAUGUGUAAGUCAGCCCACAGAUAAACUGUCCCCAAAAAAGGGUUAUCCACCAGAGGUAGUUUAAAAUUUAAGCAGCCAAGGUAAGUAUACUUUGUCAGUCAUUUAAUUCUAACUCAUUUAAUUCUAACUGAACAACCAUUCCUAAAGAAUUGCCAAUUUUAUAUGAUACUUGAAGAUGAAAAUAGAAGGAAGAUACAGGGAUACUGAGGAGAGAACAAUUAAAUUCAACUGUACUUUUUCCACGAUCAUUUGUUCUUGAUAACGUUAUUGAAUCUCUAUUGCUGCAUAAGUGGUGUUUGUUUCACAUCUGAGCCUAUUCUAACUUAACGAGUGUUUCUAGUUGAAUUGUAGAUCAUCAAACAGUGUCAUCUUUUGUUUUCAGAUUUUUCAAUCAAAAUUGGUGGCUGAUAGUAUAUUCAUGUAGUUUCUAAAUUUCAUAUGUUUCAGGGUUUUUGGGAUGUGGAGACGAAUCGCGAUGAACCAGUUGGAGGCUGCUGUUUGAAGGUGUACGUAAAUGUGGCCUUUUCAAAGAAAACCAUGUUUAGAGGGAAGAUAGUGCAGUCUACUGUUGAUGAAUGUCGAGACGUGUAUGCCAUAUGGAUUGCCCUUGCACAUGAACUGUUGAAGCAAAAGAAGUUAGAGAAGGAAGAAGCUGGUGGUUAUGCUGCUAAUGUGGUAACAAGUGCUCAGCAGAAAGAAAGUUCUGAACAUGUGGAAAUAUUAGAUGGGGCAAGUGAUGAAGUUAGAUCACAAACACUGCCACUCAACCUGCAAGCUGCUGAUUCCCUGCGGGGUAGUUGUAGCAGUACCGUGUCUGUUACUUCCUUGUGUAGAAAUCUCAUGCUUAAGUGUUCAUCAUCUUUCAAAUCUCAAAGCCAGUUUUCCAUUCUUAUAGUGAUCACCAUUGCUGUGAUCCUGCUUUUAAUGCAGAUGAGCAUACUCGUGUUAUUAGGUAGACCUCAGCACGUCCACGUGAUACCUCAAGGGGACUGCACAGGUAGCAUGUAUCGACUGGGAGAUAGGGGUAUAGACACAUUAGCUUUUCUGGAUAAACAGAUUAGUCAUCUCAAAGAGGAGAUGGUUAUGGUCGAAACACUGCUCGGCAAAAUGCAGCAGGAGCAUACACUUCUAAAGACGAAAUUAAAAGAGUUUGAGCAUCUACGGAUGCACCAAAAAGGAUAAACGAGCUGUGUACAUAGAUGCUGCUGCUUCUUUUCUUCCCUUCCUAAUUAUCUUCUUUUGGGUGAAAGGCUUGUAUGUUGGUACAUUUUUCUGAUUUUUUGACAUUCAUGUACAUUUUGAAUUACAUGGUUGCACUAUCUACAUGAAAGAGUAAAACAAAGUUACUGGACUGUUUAUAUAAUAUACGAGCGCCCCAAGAGCUUUUAUAUA